GGAGAAAGGGAGAAAGAGAGAGACAGAGCGAAAGAGAGUCUGAGUUUUGGGUGAGGAGGGGGUGAGGAGGAGGAGAAGGAGGUUUCGAGGUUUUCCUCAGUGCUCGCACGCGCUGGGCUUGCUGAAAGACGCACGAGGCUGCUACUGGAGUAGAUUCUAACCGGCGGGAGACGUGCGUGCCGUUACCCACCGGGCAGCUCCGGUGUGUGUCUGUGUGUGUGUGUGACAAAGAGGAGGAAGAGUAGCGGACAGAGUCACAUUGAGCCCGGAAAGUUGGAGUACAGCUGCGGAGUGAUCGGGGGCAGCUGAUGUUCUUCACCGAGGACAGAGCUCCAUCUCCGGGAGAGCCGCUCCGGAGCAUGCGCUCCUGCCCGGACUCCCACUCUUCUUCGUCUUCUUCUGCGUCCCUGCCGGGGCUGCUGUGAGCCCAGGACGGCGGGGUGGGAGGGGGGGAUCCCACCGUGUCCGGGGUUCGUGCUAGCGCCACUAUGUCGGUGGCAGUCCGCGUGAUGUGCGGAGAGAGAGAGUGAGAGACCCCGACGCUCAGAGCGAGAGAACCAUGACUUCCUGUGGGAUUACAGCAGCACGCGACAUGAUCCUAAUCGGCGUCGUCUGCCUGCUGCUCGUGCUCGAUGUGUGCGUUUGUGACUCGGAGCUCGGCACCCCCGGCUGGAGGGAACCUCUAGACUGUGUCCGAGCCUCCGAGCUGUGCAACCAGAACAGCCAGUGCAGCUCGCGUUACCGGAUCAUGCGCCAGUGCCUGUCGGGCGGGGACAAGGAGCGCAGCGCCAUGUUGGCCUCCAAGGAGUGCCAGGGGGCGCUGGAGGUGCUGCAGGACUCGCCGCUCUACGACUGCCGCUGCAAGAGAGGCAUGAAGAAGGAGCUGCAGUGCCUGCAGAACUACUGGAGCAUCCACAUGGGCCUGACUGAGGGUAAGCCUUUCAUGCUGGGCCCUGUCCAGAGCUAAUAAAGCCUCCUGCUGCCGCCGAUGGAGCACAGCAGCUUGCUGGUGUUUUUAUGUCAGGUCUUCUCUUCACAUGCUGAGGUCGUCUGUUGGCCUGAAGCGCAGACAGAAAGUAGAGAAAGUUUUACUCAGUGAGCACUUGCAAACAGCAGCUAAAGACGUGAGAGAGUGCAGGGGAGCAGCCUGAAGUCUGAUGUGACAGGAAGUGUGUUUAUUCAGGAGACGCUCAGACAUCAUCACCAGAGUAUGAAGAGAUUUGACAGGAAUGGGGAAUGGAUGAGUUACACUGUGUCUGCAGUGCGAGCCCUGCUGUUUUUCAUCAGUAUAAUUUGAAUUGGCUGGAUUCUUCAUGCUCCUCUGGAUUGUCAGGGAAGCAUCACUGAUCCCUCAAUCUCUGCAGGUUCUGCAUCCUGGGCAGAGUUGUUUUUCUGGCUGUUUAUGUGUGAUGGACAGUAGAUGUAGUGAAAUUCUCAGCAGCACGAGCCACCCUGAAUCUAAUGACAAUGGGAUCGUGUCUGUGCAGUCAGGUUUGAGGGAGUUAUUACUGAUUGUUUGACAAAAUUGCUGCAAUCAUGUUGAUUAGUGGGUGACCUUUAACCUGGGCCAGCUGCUGGUUCAGAUCGACUCAUGAUUGUGCUAUUUUUUUAAGAUUACUCUUAUUUCACCAAACUAUUAUUUCAUUAUUGAUGCUGGAGUUUUAGGGCCGAUAUUGAUAACCAUCCCACCAUCUAUCGAGCGCCUGGUUUUGGGUCCAUGAGGCUUGGUUGGACACCUACUGAAUAACAUGGAUCUGCUGCUCAGUGAGCCCACCGCCCCAGAGGGCCUGGGGUUGGGUGGAGUGUGAGUUGGGCUGUUGACAAAAGUGGGAUUGGUGUUUAUGGACCCCCAAAGUGGACUCAGUUAAUGAUUUUUAAAAUCCAGAUGGUAGUUAGCUGUAAAUACAUGAAGUCAAAGAGUGUUGAUUUUAUCUAUCGGUAAAUCUCGUGUAAAGGCUCAGAGUAAAGAUGCUUUACUACCAUUUAGUUUCUAUAAUAACAGACAGUUAGCUGUAGCAUAGUUUCACAGCAUGUAUUCGACAUGUGACUUCAUCACAUCCAGGUCAGGUGUAUAUGAAACACAGUUCAUACAGCAGAGCACUGUACCCCAGGCUGCCUACAGACCCCCACAGCCAUCAGUGUGAUGGUUGUGGGUGUCAGGCGUCCCUUCCUCUGCCAUGUUUCACUGAAAUCUGCAAAACCCAAAAACUCUCAGUCCAAAUAAACCUGCAGCAACACUGAGGUUCACCCGGGGCUGUGUUCCAAACUUUGUCAGCUCUGACUUUGUGAUUUUACAAAGGGAGGGCGGCGUGUUUGUUUAGCUGUUUGGUUUUCUGCAGAGGAACCUAAAAAUGAUUUUAAUCCUUUUAAAGUGUCCAUCGCGAGCGCUCCAGCGGUGCGCCGACAGACGAGCCUCUGACGGCUUUCCGAGAUGCUUCUUUGGGAAUUUUAGCACAACAAACGAGCCGCUCACAUGAAACGCUCGCUCGCUGCAGAGCUGCUGCGUUCUCAGUCACCUGGAUAACGCCCGUGGCUCGUUCACAUCCCACUGCCACACACACACACACGUGCACACAGCCCGUUGGCUGGCCUAGUUUAGGUCUCGGCAGUGGCAGAGCUCAUUAAGAGCCUUUGUCUUUGUUCUCCUUUCCAUUGAGGAUGUCUCUGUAGUGCCAGCAAAGCUAGCAAAGUCUCCACAUCACACACACACACAAUGCUGUGCGGCGACACACAGGCCGUGUGUUUAAGCCUGACAAAGUUGUAAUGUACAGAAACACAAACAUGCUGUCUGACACGCAGCAGAACAAAUAUCUAUACCCACUAACACUGCACGUGCUCACACGGCUUUCCUUCGUGCUGUGUUUGUGUGUCUGAGCUCUGCAGUGUGUUUCAGAGUCUUUUUGCAUUAAAGCAUCACAUCUUAACCUGGCGAUCAAACAUCUUGGUCGCACACAGCUGAACGUGGACCAGUGAGAAACGCUUUGAGAUCCAGAGACAGAGUCAUGUGCAGUUCUUAAUGAUCUUCCAAACCUUUAUUAUUUCCUCUGCACUGAUCUUGUUCACUAAAAUCUCUCUCUAGUGACUUUUAGCUCAAGCUAAACCAACAGUGAAUGACUUUUAGGGAGGGGCAACAGGAGUGUUUGGUUUAUUAGAAAAAAUUAAAUGAGCUUGCCUUGUUUCCAUCAUCUCUAAAAGCCAAAUUAUAAUCUGAUCAAUCCUCCAGCCCUGCUAGAGGCUGAUGACCAGAAACACUGUGUUUAUUCAAAGACAGGACCUGAGCGUGAAAAUUACAAUGCUAGCUGUCACAGAAUAUGUCCAGUUUGGACCCUGAGAGGAGGUGGAACUGAAAGUCAGUCCUCAACUGGGCCCAGCUUGCACAAAAGCAGAGGAAAAAGAAACAGGAGCCAUGACUUCACACUUAAAGGUAAAGCUUGCAGAGUUCAGAAACUAUCAAGUUUCCAACACAGAGCCUCAGUAGAGGCGACUGUGCAUCUGAAUGACUUGAAAGUAUUUGGCAGAAGUUGCCGUCCUCUUUCAGAAGAGCUGGAAGCCUCUUGGGGAGGUACUGAAGAUGGGUGUCCAGGUUUGGUGAGAUGUUUGAGGAUUACCUGGUUACUUAGCCUGAUGAUGGACACCUGGAUGAAUUAGGGUUGGGCGAUUGGACGAAUAUAUUAACUAUCGUUUUUACAGGGGAGAUUUAUUUGCCCAUCAGUAAGUUUGCUAAUAAUGAUGGAGCUAAUAGAAGCAGUCAACAGAAAUGAACAAUUAACCCUCAUUGUUAAUCCGACCCUACUGAGUCAAAAUCCCUGAAAUGUCUCUGUCAAUGCAUAUCGGGCAGUUUGUCCAAAAGUUUGUUCAUUCUGCGCUCCAGAUGGGUUGAGCGCGUUAAAAAUUUUAAUCGUGAUGACCAUGUUAACGCUGCAUUAAUGCGUUUCUUCCUGUCAAAAGGGAGUUUUUCCUUCAUGUUGUUGCCAAAGUACUUCCUCACAUGAGGUCAUGUGAUUGUUGGGAUUUUUCUGUAAUCCUGUAGGGUCUUUACCUUACAGUAUUAAAACACCUUGAGGUGACUAUUUUAUUGGUGCUAUAUAUAAAAUUGAAAAUAAAAUUGAAUUGAAUCAAUAGUUAUGUUUUUUUUAGUGGGUAUGAGGGAUGAUGAUCAGUGCUACAAAGCUGUCGCAUCAGAGACUACAGUCCUCUCCAAACCUUGAACAAGGUGACAACUCAAAGUUAAAAACUCAAACAGUGUUUGUGCACUUUCAGCUAAUGAGCAGGAUUUCAAGGGUGCAGGUAAAUGGCUUGAUGUGGCGCGCAGCCUUGAGUCAUGAAUCUUAAAAAUGAUUUGAACAUGGCAGCAGUCUGUGCAGAUUGCUAGGAACGUCAGCGUGACUACAAAGAAGCUUUAAAAGGUUUCUCACAGGAAAGUUCAUCUGCUGCUCGCUUAAUUACAUCCUGCUUCUGAUGGGUUUAUAGAAAUUGUGCUCCUGUAGUUCUGGCUUCCAGCUAUAUUUUUCUUUCAUGUGACACUGAACAAAAGAUUUUCUCUUGCACUGUUUGUCUCGUUCAUGCAUGACGGGCAGGAGGGGAUGUGUUGGCUUUUCAGCUUAAAACUUAUAAUAGAAGUCAGGAGGAAGAACAGGUGAGACUGAAAAGGCUCCGAAGUUUCUCCCAGUAUGAGGUUCAGCCUGUGUUUAUGUGCCUGGAGAGGUUGAUUUAGGAGACAGGUUCAAAACUCAGAGCUGUGGUCAUCAGAGGAGCCAGUCUUUAACUACAUAAUGAUAAUAAUAAUAAUAAGAACAACAACAACAACAACAACAAAAAUGUCACUAAGAAAUAAUGAUAAUAAUGAUAGUAAUAAUAAUAAUACAAAUUUUACAAUGACUGUUACAUCACACACACAGAAAAUCUACAAACACAGGAGUGAAACUAAAGUGUGCAGCAGACAUCCAGUUUGAGAUCUUUAAUCUACUCUUAGGUUUUUAAUCUGAUUCAUGCUAAAAUUAGUUCUCGGUAUCAAACUUGGUCUUUAGUCUGAUUUUCAUUCUUACAUGUUUAAUCCAGUCUAAAGAUUUUAGCCAAGUCUUUAUGUGUUAUUCUGGCCUAAAUAAUCAUCAGUAAAUUCCAACCUAAUCAGGAUUAGUCCUGUCAGAUUAUUGGAUUUUUGGCUGCUAAUAAAAAAUAAACCUUGAAACUAACACACAACGAAAUAUCUUUUGUUUUGGAAAUGAGAGGUUGGGGUCGCUGAGGGCCUCACAUAGAUCAUCUAGUCCUUAGUGUUACAUUUAGACCUGAGUCUUGUCUUUAGGCCUAAUUCUGUAAAUUUCAGUCUAAUCUCUGCUCACUGCUGGGCUCAGCGCUGUGUUCAGGAGACCUUCCAGACAUUUCUACAUAUUUUCGUGAAGGGUUUUCCUCUCGAGACUGCAAUGCUUCCACCGCGGAGGUUAUUUGUGUGUUUUUAGUCAAAGAUUUACUUAAUUGUUAUUAAAGUUCAUGUAGAUGGGCGAAGACUCUGUCACUGUGUGAUGCUAACUUUCAGAAAUAAUGCUGUCACAUCCUCUGAAGUGCGUCUUCACUCCUGAAUGUAGUCUUUAAUAUGUGAUGAAAUCUUUACUUGUCAUUGUGUUUCUGAGGGUUUAUGGUUUAGUUUGUUGCCUCACUCUGGUUUUGGUUUCUGUAACGUGCCCACCUGCAUUCCAGCAACAGCCAGUAAUCGUUUCUUUUCUUGCAAAUAUUUUGUCGAUCCUUUUGUUCAGGGCACAGAAAGAGAAAAGAGUCAGAAGUGAAAUGGUCUCUGAAAUAGCAGCAUGCUCUGGAAAUGUGUUUAAAUUGCUAAUUACACGUAGUUCACUCCUGCGUGACGCUGCUUUUAUAGUCUGAUACAGAGUCUUUCACUUAGUCUUAAAUAUGGUCUUUGUGAGUCACUUGAGUAAAUCAGCAGCCUGUGGCUUAAUUAGGAGAGCUGUGAUUGACGGCAGCAUCCAGGUUUCACUUUGCAGACUCUCCAGUGAGUAUCUCUGCCCGGCAGAUCCUCCGAGAGCUGCCGGGAAGGUGUUGAAGGGAAGGGUGGAAAUGAGUAAUGAGCUGAGGGACAGAAAAUUGGUUGUGGGUGGAGAGUGCCGAGUCCAGAGACGGAGGACUGGAGUCUUUCCUGAAAGCUUUUCCUCUGGCAUUCUUUUCAUUAUUCGUUCUUUGAGGGCUGCAGAAGAAACACUCACCCAGGAGGAACAAAGUGGGGUGACAGAGACUCUCAGAGGUUUCCUCCCACCUGUUAUUAUGUUCACUGUGAAUGUGAAGGAGGUGAGUGGAAGCACCUUAAUAGAAGAAGGAAACUUACAAAUUAUCAGAAAGUGAGGCACAGAAUAAAAACCUGGAUAUGGUUAGAGAUGCUGAAUAAAUCUAUUACUACAGUAGCUAUGAUGAUGACGACUGUGAUGUCACCAUGACUCACCUGUGGAAAGACCUGCAUCAUCUGUUGAUUUAACAUUUUGCCUGUCAUUUUGUUAAUAUAUUUCUUUAUUUUAUUUACACUGACUUAAGGUGGACUGAUGAUUGAGGAUUUCAUCACUUGGCCUGCAACACACAUCUGUUCGCAAGACAUAGCUAUAGUUGCACACAUUACAAAACCAUGGCAAAGCUAAUCCCAUUACCAGGAAUGCGUUUGGGGGGUGGGGUCACAAAUCCAUCUGUGAGCUCUUGCUUGUCAGGUGAACGUGUAAAGCAUUAGUCUAUGGAGGCCUGAUGGUAUCAGAUUUCUGAGUAGGAUUAUUUCAGGUAGUCAGGUAUGACUAGAAGGUGAAAUGUUAUUUAAUUCUCUGAGAGCUACAAGAGCAUCCUCUUGGUGGGCACCAGUGAGUGGACCCGCAGUUGUUCUAUCAUAAAGGUAAUAUAGAAUGGUAAACAAUCAUCACGUCUUUAAACAGAAAACACCAUUCAGCUUUUCCAUCUGAGAUGCAGUGAUGAUGACUGUAAGCCGGGGCCCGAGGGCAGAAGGAUAAACAGCAUCGAGGGCCUUAAGAGCAGCUGCAGAGGCAUGCCCAUAAAUCAUAUCGCCAUAAUCCAGAACAGAGAGAAAAAUGGCCUUAGCUACUUUUUUCUGUAAAACACAGGGAGGUCAGUUCUUUGCAAAACAACACACGUCUGAGCUCCAUCAUUUUAUUUUGUUUGCUUCCCUCAUGGGUCUCAUGGCACUUUUGCCUUGGAUCAGACGUUCACAGAUUUCUUUCCUGCAGACCUUUGCUUGACCCAGAAUAAUGUCCUGCUCAUUGGUAGUAGCUUGAACCGGAUUGGCCAAAGCAGAGGUUCCCAAGGUGUGGGGCCCGCCUCCUGGGGAGGCGCAGAGCUAUUGCAGGGGGGGCGCGGUAUGAAAAGAGAAAAAAAAAAGAAUGCUUGGACACUGCUAGCAUAAUGAACAG